AGAAUCUCAAUUAUCAAAAGCUUCAAAGGCUUACCUUGAACUCCUCACCACGUAGAGGAAUUUCCCCUGAGCUGAUUCAGAUCCGCGGGUCUAUGUCUACAGAGUGUCCUUUUGAAUCUUUAAAUCCGGAAGACAAUGAGUUCAGGUGAAUAGGGACUUCCGAGGAGAUUUGUGUGUCUGCAAAUUAAUUUCCAAGAUGAAUCUGGGUGGCUCAAUACGUAUCAAUAAGUGUGGACUGCUCAUCCUGUUUACUGCUCUCUUCUUUCUUACAUACUAUGUGCUAAUUGGGAGUCCUAAUCCCUCGGAAUUGGUCACCAGAGACCCCAAUUCUGUGAAUCUACGGAAGCUUCUAAUUGGCGCUAUUCAGGCAGCUGAAAAGGGAGGCGUGGAAGUGGUGACAGUGUCCAAAAGUGCAGAUUUCCAUGUCAAGAGCAAGGGAAAGACAGCUGAAGGGGCUAAUAAUCCUGUAACAGAGGCUGACUUCAAAUCCCACUGUGUUAUGCAGUUUGGGCUUCAUCAUAUCUUCCCCCGAUUGAGGAUCAUCUCCGAAGAGGACUCCAGCAAGAUGGUCUGUCCAGAUGUAAAGCUUUUCGAUCUGGAUCCAACAGUUCUCAGAGAGACUCUGACCAUUCCUGACGAAACUGUUGACAUUGACGAUGUAACUGUUUGGAUUGAUCCAUUGGACGCUACUCAGGAAUACACAGAGCAUCUCUUUGAGUACGUUACGACAAUGGUGUGCGUGGCCAUCAAGGGAAAGCCCACAAUUGGAGUAAUUCACAAUCCCUUUACCCAGAAGACCACAUGGGCUUGGGCAGGAGUUGCCUCUUCGGAGGAUUUACAUAGGGUCAAGAAGGAGGACGUUAGCGAUAGAGUGACUGUGAUUGUGUCUCGUUCGCACACGGGAGAAGCAAGGAACUUCUCGAGGGGUGUCUUUGGGGAGAAUAUGCAAAUUUUGACAGCAGCUGGGGCUGGAUAUAAGGUUCUCCAGAUUAUUUCUGGCAAUGCCACAGCCUACCUUCACACGACAGCCAUCAAGAAAUGGGACAUCUGCGCUGGAGAUGCUAUUCUACGAGCUGUCGAUGGAAAGAUGACUAAUUUGUUCAAUGAGGAGCUAAGUUAUGGGCCCAAUGAACCCGUACUGAAUGCCAAAGGACUCCUGGCAGCUUUCAGGAACAACCAUGAGAAAUACAUUGAACGUAUCAUUGACUACAAAGCCAACAAAGUUUGAUAAGUCUCAAGAGUUGUUUGAAAUUGUAAAGAAAUUUAUUUAUGGCCAAAUAGAAAAGAUUCACCAGGGUUAAAA